GUCAAGGCAAGUCUUCCUCGGAACGCUUUCAACUUCCUUCUUAACCACGCUAACCGCACUUGCUCCCACUCUCCCACUCUCCCACUCCACAGUAAAACCCUAAUGGCGGCGAUUGAAGACCACGACGACGUCUCGGUGAUCCUCGAAGAACAGCGCGAAGAGAUCAUGGCCGCCAAAACCCUAGCCCGCGACCACGACCUCGCCUUCAACCUCCAAAUGCAGGAAGCCCUAGCCGUCUCUCGAGCAGCCCACACCUCCUCCUCCUCCUCCUCUCCGCAAUCUCCGAAGCUCGAUUUCGCCGACGACGACGACGAAGGAUUCGACUACACUUCCCUGAUCCUGGAGGACAUCGCGCGAGUCGACCAGGAGAGGCGGGACCGCGAGUUCGGCGCGCAGGAGAUGAAGAGGCUCAAGCUCGAUCUCGACCGUCGGAUCCACGAUCAGAGGUUCGCUAAAGAGAUUAUGAACAUCCCCGACGCUGAUUGGACCAAAGACGGCGACUUUUUCCACAAGCCUUACUCCCUCGGGUCUGCUUCCUCCUCUUCCUCCUCCUCCUCCGUCGACAAGGUCCCCGCGGUCGAGGGUGAGUGUUUCCGUGUCUAUUGCAAAGGGUUGGUGAGUGAGGAGAUGAUUGGUGAGACUAGGGUUACGGUCGGUGGUGUUGGUGUGGCGAUUUGUGACUCGGCGGAUAAUCUGAUUUGGGAGGUGAGUAAGGUUUUGGGAGCCGAGGAGUCUAAAAGCCCUGAGAUUGCUGAGCUGGAGGCUAUUGUUCGUGGCUUGGAUGAAGCUUUGAACUUUGAUUUGGGAUCUGUCACUUUCUUCAUUGAUGAUUUCAAGCUCUUCAAUUACGUGACAGGGAGGGUAGAGCCUAGGCAGAGCGGUGUUGCAACACUUGUGAACCAAGUGUCUCUCCUCCAGAAAAAGUUCCCGAACUGCCAACCAUCUCUUUUGACGAGAAACGAUGUCAAGUUCGUGUUCAAGCUCGCGAGAGAUGCGAUCGUUUCUCAGAUCAAAUGGCCCGAGGAGACCAGUCAAGGCGAGAAGACUUUCAAGGAGACUUGUGUCAUCUGCUACGAAGGCAUCACCGUCGACAAGAUGUUCUCCGUGGACGGCUGUUUCCACCGUUUCUGCUUCUCCUGCAUGAAGCAGCACGUCGAGGUGAAGCUGCUCGGAGGGAACACAGCUACUUGUCCCAGCGAGGGGUGCAAAUCGCAGGUGAAGAUGGAUUCCUGCGCCAAGUUUCUGGAUCCCAAGCUCGUUGAGGUUAUGAUCCAACGCAAGAAAGAAGGCUCCAUCAGUGUGUCGGAUAAAGUUUACUGUCCGUACCCGACAUGCUCGGAACUGAUGGCCAAAGACGAAGUUUUUGAGUACACCAAACAGUACUUCGUUGGCACUGAGCAAUCUGCGGCGAGGAAAUGCAUGAAGUGUGGGCUGUUUUUUUGCAUGCAGUGCAAGGUGCCGUGGCACUAUAAAGACACCUGCGAGAACUUCAGUAAAUCCAAGAGAUACCAGAACGCUGGAGAUGGGAUGCUCAAGUCUCUGGCACAGAGCAAGAGGUGGAGACAGUGCAUAAGGUGUAACAAUAUGGUUGAGCUUGCUUCUGGAUGCUUCCAUAUAACCUGCAGAUGCGGAUAUGAGUUCUGUUACACGUGUGGAGCUGAAUGGAAGGAGAAGAAACCGACAUGUGCGUGUCCGAUCUGGACCGAGCGCAACAUAAUCCGUAGGAGGUGAUUGUCUUUGUGUUGCGUGAAAGGUUAAAGGGAGGCGACAGCUCCUAAGAAUAAAAAACACUAGUUAUGACCCUUUUGUUUUGCAGUAAGUAAGUAGGUUUCGGUUUUUUUGUGGUUUUGGAAACUGAUGUAAAACUUUGGUGUUUUGUUUUGAAUCUUCUAUUUCGUUUUAAGGCAACAGUUUAGGAACAUAAA